AUAUAAAUUGUAAAUAUUGUUACAGAACUAGUGCUUGCGACAGGAUUAAACUCGUUCCAGGGUGGCGGGCUUCGUCAGUAGGAAGCGGCAAGUGUCGCGGAGCAGUAGCUAGUGAGAAGGAGAGAAACGACGAAGACGAAGAAGACGAAGACGUCGGGGAGUAAGUGUCGAAGGGUGGCGGCGGAGGUGACGGGCAGGAGGUGGCGGCGGAGGAGAGUGGUGGUGACCGUGGAAAAGACGACUCCUGCGACGUGAGUCGCGAGCCGUGGUUGGUGGUGAUAGUGACCACGAAAAGAGUAGAGUAACGGUUUUUUGGUCGACGAGGGAAAGAACAGAGGCUUGGUGGUGGCGUUUGUGAAGGCAACCUGUGGCAAGAUGGGCUGCGCCAUGUCCGCGGAAGAGCGGGCCGCACUGGCCCGUAGCAAACAGAUCGAGAAAAAUCUCAAGGAAGAUGGUAUUCAAGCCGCCAAGGACAUCAAGUUGCUAUUACUUGGUGCCGGCGAAUCUGGAAAAAGUACCAUCGUUAAACAAAUGAAAAUUAUUCAUGAAAGUGGAUUUACACCUGAGGACUUUAAGCAGUAUAGGCCCGUAGUGUAUAGCAACACGAUACAAUCUUUAGUCGCUAUUCUCAGAGCGAUGCCAAAUUUGGACAUCAACUUUUCGACCAAUGAGCGAGAGCCGGAUGCAAAAAUGGUGUUUGAUGUGAUCCAAAGAAUGGAAGAUACGGAGCCAUUUAGUGAGGAACUUUUGGCUGCAAUGAAUAGACUCUGGGCUGAUAGCGGAGUCCAACAAUGUUUUGGCAGAAGCAACGAGUAUCAACUCAACGAUUCGGCAAAAUAUUUUCUGGAUGAUUUAGACCGAUUAGGAGCAAGGGAUUAUCAACCUACGGAGCAAGAUAUUUUAAGAACUCGUGUCAAAACAACGGGCAUAGUGGAAGUCCAUUUUUCCUUCAAGAAUCUUAAUUUCAAAUUAUUUGAUGUAGGUGGUCAAAGAAGUGAACGUAAGAAAUGGAUCCAUUGUUUUGAAGAUGUCACUGCGAUCAUAUUUUGUGUCGCGAUGUCUGAAUAUGACCAGGUUUUACAUGAAGAUGAAACGACGAAUCGAAUGCAAGAAAGUUUGAAACUAUUCGACUCAAUUUGUAAUAACAAAUGGUUCACUGAUACCUCAAUUAUCUUAUUCCUGAAUAAGAAGGAUCUUUUUGAAGAGAAAAUUCGCAAGUCUCCACUCACCAUUUGUUUCCCCGAAUAUGCUGGGGCGCAAGAAUAUGGUGAAGCAGCCGCGUAUAUUCAGGCGCAAUUCGAGGCGAGGAACAAGUCAACCACUAAGGAGAUCUACUGCCAUAUGACUUGCGCUACUGAUACAACCAACAUUCAAUUCGUGUUCGACGCAGUCACAGAUGUCAUUAUCGCCAAUAAUCUUCGUGGCUGCGGUCUCUAUUAGAAUAAAUAUUCCCGUCGCGGAGCCGAUCGACCGACACACACACACAUGGUUGAACUCACACUCAUACCCGUAUAGACAUGUUAUAUUACAAGAACGAGGGUGCGCGUAAGAAUGAAAGACUACGAUAAUGUCAACUACCGAGAAAAAGAUUGAGUGAUAGAGUGGGAGAGAAUGGUUGAAAGAACGGGAGAGAAAGAGAUACAUCUAUGUACCAUCACUACUAUUACCGACCACCUGCGGAUACCUUCUCAAUUUUUAUUACCAAACACCCUUUUAUGCCAAUUCUUUCAACGUUUUUCCUUAUCGUAUUAAGCAAUUCAAUGUCGAUUCCAAUAUUUAUAUAUAAUAUGCUAUUUAUAAGUUGAUAUGAAGAGAAAGCUAAGAAUUCCUUCUUGAACAAGAUUUACAAGAUUGUUAAAUGAUAUUGCUAAAAUAUUAGCUGUGGAAAGUUGUUAGUACAAUAAUAUCUCUUAAAAAAGGUAAUAUUGUUCAUUGUGCUUUGUGAUAUACAAAAGUAAAUGUGUUUGAGAGAGAAAAUUUGAAAUAUGAGCAA